AUGCGGGUUGCAGCUGCGGUGCGAGUGAUAUCCAAUGAUCGUGCCUCGGUGCAUCGGUGUCUGGUAGCUGUUCGCGGUAACCGUAAAUGGAAGUCUCCGACCAAUCAUUGCCCACUGUCAGUUGCUGUUGCACACGAAAUGGAGGACGCGAGUCAGACCUCUACAAUCGGAACUCAUUGCAAUACCUUCAUCAUGAGGCUCAUCCCGACAGAGUAUACUUCCAUUCUUAGAGGCUGA